ACCACCGAACUUCCACUUCCACCAUCACCAACCACCGCACCUCCACUACCAACACCACUAACAACAACAGAACUCCCUCUACCACAAACCCCUCCCGAACCAACCGAGGUUCUUCCACCAGGAACAGAAGAGCCCCCUGUGGAUACAUGUGACGAAUCUGUGGUUGAGUUCUGCUCCGCACUCUCAGAAAUUUGUGGAGGAAACAUCAUGGAGAUGUGUGUACAAGACCAGUGUGAUGGAGAACUCCGAUUCUGCGAAUACUUGACUUCUCAGCCAUUUGAAUGUGAUGACAUGGGUGCUUUGUUGAGCAUAAUCAACGACAAGAAUUGUGGUGAAUACUGUGGAGAGAACAUGCAGUUCACUUACUCAGUCAUCUCGAAACAACCAACUUGUUCCGAGCCUGAUCUUGUACCAGUUGGAGGAGAAGAUGAGUUCGACGACUACGAGUUUGGUUGUGUCUGCAAACAAGGAUUUGUCAUGAGCGGCAACUACAUGUGUGUCCGUGAGGAUGAGUGCGGCUGCACCAUGGAAGAUGGAGAGUACAGACAGAGAGACAGCGUGUGGAGAAGCGAGGACUGCAGCAAGAUCUACACUUGCACCGGCCCAGGAGAAAACGGCAUUGUAGAGGAGGAUUCACCUUGUGGGGAGAAUACCGAGUGUCUUGAUACAGAAGAAGGACCUGCUUGCAUGUGUGAAGAAGGAUUCUUCGGCAACCCCAUUAUGCCAGAGGGAUGCGAAGAGGGCAAAAAGGAUGACGAUGGCUCCAAGAUUUGCUACACAUACGUCAACCUUGAUGGCUCUACUGAACAAAAGUGCAACUGCACAAUGGGCUAUGUCUCAAGCUGUAACGAUUGUGAAGAUAUUGAUGAGUGUAAACUUGGCUUACACGAAUGUGAUUUGAGCAAAGAGAACUGCGUAAACAUCCCAGGUGGUUAUGACUGUGAAUGUGCUGAUGGUUUCAAGGAGACUGAUAAUGGCUGUGUUGACAUUGAUGAAUGCAAGGAGCAGAGACCUUGUGGUGACAACACCGGAUGUACCAACAAACCAGGAUCUUACAAGUGCGAAUGCUGCGCAGGCUACAAGAUGGAUGACGGUGAAUGCGUGCGCGACACUGAAGGCUUCCCAGACAUUCCUGAUGACGCCCAGUGUUGUCUCCAGUGCAACAUCCCAGCCAUCUGCAAAGAUGUGGAGAGUGAACCUGUACCAAUCUGCUACACGAAGCCCGAUGGAGAAAAACAGACUUUCGAAGAUGGAAAGGUUCUCUUCCAGACCUUGUGUUUGAACGGCGAGGAAUUUGUACCAAGCAACGCACAGAAGGGACAGAAAUGCCCCGAGGAAGUAGAACCAACCGAACCUCCUACACCCCCUCCUACAACAGAAGCUCCUGCCGCCACCACCGCAGGCCAGGCACCACCAAGCAGCUGCGACGUAGAUGUACUCAAAUCCACUCUUCCUCCACCACCUCCACAAUUGUCCUCUGGUCCAGUGUGUGGUCCAAGUAAUGGCCCCGAUCCUCAGACAUACGACUCUUACUACGAGAUGGCCCAGGCUGUGUGCCAGAGCUCUGGAAGUCCACGAAAUAUGCCUACUUUGUCGCCUAUUGCUGCUGAACCAGGACCUUGCGAGGAGGAGCCUGAAGUAACAGAACCAGUAGUAACAAUACCAGUAAUACCAAUCCCAGCUCCACAAGAACCAGCCAAACGAAUGUGUGCAGAUGGUCCAGUCCCAGGAACUGUCCACUACCACCACUCCAGCCUUGUGGAAACCUGCACAGGUCCCAGCGUUGAAAUCUUCACUUGCGGUGAACUGUUGUGCGAGGGUGGUUCCGACACUUGCUGCAAGCCUAUCGCAGUAGAACGUAAAGAGGUUGACAUCAUGUGCUACAAUACCUCACCUGAACAAGAGUUCUCCAGAACCUUCAAGCAUAUACACUACAGUGCACAGAAAUGCCAGUGCCAAGAGAACACACAAGAUGACUUUGGCGAUGACUAAGCGACACGAAAUGUGUCACCACACACGCCACUGACAAUGAAUGGAUACUGACCAAAUAUAUUAAUUAUAGAAAUAAAGCAAGUUAAUGUAAAAACAAAAAA